AUGUUAACACCGAGCCAACAAGAGGCGGUGGAAUAUGACUACAGCCCUGGUACAAUUUUAUCAAUACAGAGUGGCCCAGGAUGUGGUAAAACGUGGACAUUGAUAAAUAGAAUCAAGCGGUUGCUAGAAGAAGGUGUAAAACCGCUGGAAAUAAUUGUCUUGUCUAUGACAAACCGAACGGUGAACUUGUUAAAAAAGGCAUUACUCGAUAGUAUGAAGGAUGAAGUGGCUCAGAAUGUGGUUAUCAAGACAUUUCACUCUUUUGCUGCCCAGAUUUUUGACGACAAUUUUGAGAAAUACUUUCCCGGUCGGCCUCCUAAUAGUGUCGUUGAUGACUCCACCUGGAAAUCCUUUGCCAAGUUUUUCAGUGCCAGAUAUAAGGAUUUAGAUGCUGCUGUGCUUGCAGUCAAGUUUGGUGAACUGAUUGAUCUGGUUGCUUUGAAAUAUGCGAUCUCGAGGGAUCAGUUGAGGCGAACUUUGGAAUAUCUUGAAGAUAAUGGCAUGAUUCGAUUCCACGGAUUAAUUACUAGUGCGUUUGAGAUUUUCAAAAAGUCAAGAGGAGAGUUGCAUUUGGCGGACGCAAAGGUUCUCAUUAUAGAUGAGUUUCAAGACAUGCAGCCGAUUCUUUUGGAGUUUAUUAAACAGAUUGCUGUUUAUGGAGGGAAAAAGCAUGUUACCCUAGCUGGUGAUAAAAAUCAGUGCAUCUAUGAUUUUUUAGGAUCACGUCCUGGAAUUACAAAAGAGUUUAUUGAUGAGUUGAAAUUCAAGCACAAGGAAAUCGUUUUAAAAGAGACGUUUCGAUUGAGCCCUGAAAUUUUAGCGUUGGCUGAUGAAGUUAUACCUUCAGAUUUGGAAAGUGCAAAACGAGAGGGCGUAGCGCCUAUACGACAGGGUGACCUAUGUACAGAUAUUGUUGAGCUAGUUGCAAUCUCAGGAGGAUUAAUCAAGUUUUCCGACAUCAUUAUCCUUACAUUUACCAACAGAGAGGUGGACGAGUUUGCGGAGGAAUUGACAACCGGAUAUGGAAUAAAGUGUAAUAAAUUUAACGGCAAUAGCUGGAUCAACUCGAAAUUGCACAUUUAUUUGGAUUUUCUACACAUUCUUAGGAGGAGCUAUGGAUCCGAUUUUGCCCUCUUGUUUGUGUUGGAGAAAUUGGGAGUGAAAAGUUUAAAGGAAUUGUUUGCAAAGUACAAUGAGUGGAACUGUAGUAAGAAGAACAGGUUGGAGGAUUAUUUGAGGGAAAACAGUGAAAACAGUGCUAUCAAAGACUUUCUCUACUUGGUUGAGAACGAGAGGAUAGGGUUGGACACGCCUAUUUCAAUCUUGUCAUCUUUGGGUCGGAUCAGCAUACAAACAGGAUUAAUUGGUGCUGUCAAAGAAGAUGAGUUGAGCUCAUUCUAUUCCUCGUUGAGGGUAUCGUAUAGGAGUUAUCUAAGUGAUGCUAAAGGUUCAUUUUUAGAUUACUUUUUGAAGCAUUAUUACGAUGACGAUCCGGUAUUUGACGAGGAUAGUGUCAAUGUGUCUACCAUCCACAAGGCUAAAGGGUUGGAAUUCCCAGUUGUCUUUAUACCAAACUUUUCAAGAUUACCAAAGUCCAGGUUAAAGUACGUUGCAAUAACCAGAACCAAGUGUUUACUAUAUGUGGGUAAGGAGACAUUUGACAAGCAAGAGAUUAAUGAGAGAAUUGUAGAGACUAUCGCACGAGAUUUGAAAAGAGUUCCAAAUGCAAUCAAAAUGAAAGCGGGUAGACAGUUUUUCAAUCUAUACAAGAAAGCACUAAGCUAA